AAUGGGAAAGACUCAACGCGUGGGGAUUUGGCUACAGCCCGAGCCACCAUGAAGCCUCACGGAUCCCGCCCACUUUUGCAUUUCGGCCUGCCGCCCGUUCUUCACCGAACUUACCCUACCAGUAGAGUUUAUCCAGAGUCGAGCAAGGAAAAAAUUUAUAGACAAAUUUAUGCGUAAUUAGGAUAUAGCAUCCAGGUAUAUCGGAGAGCUGGUUUUGCAAGGGGCAGGGAGCAGGCGGCUCGGUGGCUCUCCGGUAGUGCUCGAGUACUAACGACCCAGUUAUCUGCAUGCCAUCGCAGUAUAACACGAGAGGCUCAACUGACGCCUACCACAGGCCCGCCCCCUCAGAGACAGACUGGUUGAGCGGGGCUCUCAAAAAGAGGCAGUUGCUUGCUUCCUUCUUCAAAUACCCCUAAAGUUCCCCCAUCCUCUCUGUCAAAAACUUCUCGCGCCAGUUCGCGACACUUUGUUUAACGGGCUUUUCACAAUGUAUUUUGAGUGAGUCCCUUUUAUCCUUUGUUUUGCGGCUCACGUGGGACGUAUCACGUGUGCCGGUGUUGGGUGCCUCACUUAUCGACAGGGUGCCAUGCAGGACCAACACUUCCCCCUCGCUUCAGCUCGGUCAGACUAGCGCUACCGAGAUUGCGCCACCGCUUCCUACCGAGCUUGGACCACUUCCGCUUUAUCCACUUGACGAUGGCUUCUUUUCGGUUCUUGGACCACUUCCACUUUCUCCAUCUGACGGUGGCUUCUCCGUUCUUGGGCCAUCGCUCAACUACACGGCUAUUGGUUACCAAGCAAACGAACCUGCCGAUGACACGCCUGUUCCCCAAUGGAUAGCCGAAACCUCUGAUACCCCGAGGCCUACUAGGGAUAAAUUCUUUUGUGGGUCCCCCAGAUGUUCAGGAAACAGGUUCUCGACGCCUUCCAUUGCAUGUUUAUCGUUCGCAUUGACUAACUCGGAGAAGCGGUCCACACACUUGUUCUAGCCCCUCCUACACUUGUGAGGCAUCCGGUUGCACUCGUCGGACCCCAUUCAAGACGAGACGAUCACUCAAUAGGCAUUACGAGGCGGAACACCUUGUCGAGCGAGUCGACUGUCCGUUUCCUGGAUGUGUGAAUGUUGGAAAAAAGGGAAUCAAAAGACAUGAUAACCUAGUUGCUCAUAUGAGGAAUAAGCAUGGGUGGUUACCAGAUGGAUUGUGUGGGAAUUUGUUGGUUGGCCCGCGGGGCCGUCAGCGGCGUUCGGUUGAAGAUCCCGCCCUAUGAUGCGGCUCCAUGGUCCUCGCCGUUUUGAUGAUUCCGAUAUAGUGUGGGGAUAACCCCGGGGUACAGCACGCGUUUGUUUAAGUAGUUGUUUCGAAUUGAUUGGGAUAUUUGGACAAUGUUUCCUAUUUCCUGCCUGCCUUUGUUCCUGUGAGCCAGCAUUCCCGUUGUGUCUAAAAAAAUAAGGAUACGGGGAAGCAAAAAUGGGGAAAUAAUGUUUAACUGACAUUCCUCAUAGUAUAGUACCUAACCCCCGGGUCGCUCGUCUGGUGAAACUAAUAACAGCGGAGAAACAUCGGAAAGCGUUGUCUUGGGAAUCGGCGCAUGUUUACCACGACACCUCUUUUUUAGAGCACUAGAGAAAAGGAACUAACCCAUUGCAGUUUUACGCAAAUCCGAGUCCUCUUUACUACUAUUUCCUCACCAGUAACCAACUCGGUCGCUGCAUUUUAGGUCAAAGAAGACCAAAGGGACAGGUGGAGAUCACAUUGCAACAGCGAGGGGGUUGGAAAGUUUGCAGAAUUGGGAGACUACUAAUAAUAUAGAAUUACGUUGGGCGUCAUUAGUUCCCGCACACCCAUGCAAUGUCUCGGGUCAUAUCCAGAUUUUACCGUUCCAAACAUAAAAUAUCGCCAACUAUAAGUUUUCAGGUUCAAUAAUUCAGAGAAGUAGUUGCUUUCAUGACCCUUUCUUGAAAUCUCAUGCCCGAGCAGCUCCGAGCUGUGAGUCUCUGAUGAUAGUUUGCGGUGUAAGGCAGCCAACUGCCCUAGCUUUUUGCCUCCCGACCGACACUUUUGCGAUUACCGGAUGACAACAGAUUGCCUAUCCCAAAGCAUUCAUACGGCAAUGGGGUUCUUGUUGUGAACCACGGAGGUCACAUAACGCGCGAGCUGUGUGCACAAGGGCCAAGGACCUAGGCUUAGAUAGUCAGAAGGGUUCGUCGUUAACGGAGUGCCUGGUUCCCUCUGACUGAUAGUAGUUGGAGCAGAAAGGGAGCCUAGCAUUGUUGGUUCUGCUUUCGGGGGAUGGGGAGGAUGUUCUGGCGAGAGAGAAACACAGAGAGAGAGUCGUCUAUGGCGGGAAUCUGGAGAUUUUAGUGUAUACAUAGGAUGUGCUCACCAUCCUUAAAUAUACAAGACAUCUGCCA